UCUCAGGCCUUGGGCUGUACCCGGGAGGGCGCUCCCUGCCUGUGGGCGCCCAGGGGCCGCUGCGGGCUCCUCUGGGGCGUCCAGCCGGGGCCUGCCGCGCGCGGUGGUCCGCAGGCUCUGGGUGGGCGGGGUCCCGCGCUCACCCCAGCCUUAAAGGAGAACCUAUCAGAGACGAGACUGCGGGUUAACCUGGGAUGUGGUGUCCUAGGUUCCGGCUUGAGACUCCUUAUUUGUGUUGUAAAUGCUGAUGGAGAUGGAAGCUGCUCCACUUAAGCGCUGAGUUCUCAGUCUGGAUAGGUCAAGACACUUGAGUUGUAGCUCCUGAUUUGGUUCCCGUGUGGGGGAUUUAUUUUGUCCCUGUGCUUCCAUUUGAGCAGUCAGUAGUGGAGCUGAUUUUUUAAAACAUCACAGUUAUUUGAAAACGCGUGGUGAAGGGAGCAGAAUGAGAGGAAAAGGGAGGAAUUCCUGGACGCUUGCCUUUUUUACCUUAAGGAAUUUCCAUUUCUAGAUCGUGGCUAAAGAGAAGGUAUGGGAGCCCUGACCUACCAGCAUACGCUAAAAAUUAUCUUCUUUUUCUAUCUAUUUUGAUAUUCGCUGGUGUGAGCAAAAGACUCCAGGUGAAAAUCACGAGUUUUUUACAGAUGGAAACUUACUACUGCAAAUCCUGGAGGCAAAGUGUGCACGACAUGGAAUGUCGAAGGCCCUGUGAUGUGCCUAUUGAUCUUGUACAUUUUAAGCGGGAAAACAAAUCAAGGUGCACUGAAGAAAAUGAGUCUUUCCUCAAAGGAGAUAGAAGAUGGGGAAGAUGAGAUGUCAGAAGAUAAGGACAAUGGCAGUAGAGAUGAGGAAGGGAGCCACAUGGACCAAGCUGCCAAAAGAUAGGAGGAGUGCCAAGCUAGACAACCGUGAAAAGAGAACUGAGAACUCUGAGGAGGAUGAAGAUUCUGAAAAAGAAGCCUUGUAUUCUACGUGGGCCAAAGGGAGAAGAGCCCUUCCUGUAGGGGUGGAGGAAGAUGAGCAGGACGAUGACAAUGACGAUGACGAGGACAAAGGCUGUGAGGAAGAGGAGGAGGAAGGUCAGAACGACCUAAAUCAGGUCGGGCAAGAGGUGGCCAGUGUCCAGGAGUAACCUAUGAAAAAAAACACCUGAUAAAUGGAAGAUGGAAAUGGCCAAACAGAAGGCUCCCCCUGACACCGCAAAACAGAAAUUAGAAGCUAAACCACCUGUAACUUUCAGACUGUUUGUGGGAAACCUGAAUUUCAACAAAAUGGCUACUGAGCUAAAAACUGGUCUCAGUGAAUUUUUUGCUAAAAAUGAUCUCGCAGUUGUUGGUGUCAGAGUUGGCUUGUCCAGAUUUGGUUAUGUGAAUUUUAAAUCUGCUGACGACCAGGAAAAAGCCUUGGAACUUAGAGAUACAAAGGUCCUUGGGUAUGAAAUGAAAUUGAAGAAACCAAAGGAAAAGGAAAGAAAGAAAGGGUUCUCUCCAGGACUCAUUCCCUGGCUACUUGUGUCCCAUCCGUGGAGUCUCAGCUUACAGGUCACUUCCUCGGAUCAGGAGAAUCUUCCUUUACCCCCAGACUGGGAUCGAGAUGCCAGAACGCUUCUGAUCAAGAACCUGCCUGACAAAGUCACUCAGCAUGAAUUAAAAGAAGCUUUUGAGGAUGCUUUUCAAAUCAGAUUGGUGAGCAAGGAUGGCAUGAGGGAAAGGAUCGCCUAUAUUGAUUCCCACUCACAAGUGGGCUGCAGAGAGAGCCUUGGCAAAGAAGCAAGGAAGAGAGAUCGGUGGGCUUGCCAUAGUUCUGGACCGUGCUGGAGAGAAAAGCCAAGGCCAAGAAGAUAGACAGUACAGCCCCUGGAGAGUGGGGAAACGAAAGCUAGAACAGGAAAGCCACACGUUUCAAGAAAAAUGGGAGCGAGCUUAUUUCUUUGUGGAGGUAAAGAAUGUUCCUACAUGUUUAAUAUGCAAACAAAGUCUGUCUGUGUCGAAAGAAUAUAACCUAAGAGGCCAUUAUGAAGCAAACCAUAGUAGCAACCAUGAUGUCUGUACACAAAAGAUGCGUGAUAAAAAGCUUAACGAACUGAAAAAAAAGACUGAAAUUUCAACAUGAUUUGCUUUUGAAUGUGAAUAAAGUAAGUGAUGCUGCCAUGAAAUGUAGUUAUGUAUUAAGUAAGAAAAUUGCCCGGGCAUCCAAACCUUUGACAGAUGGUGAGUUUAUAAAGGAAUGUCUGUUGAGUGCUGCAGAAAUUAUGUACCCCGAACAGAGACCAGCAUUUGCCAACAUAAGACUAAGUGGGAACAUUGUUGGGCAGCACGUUGACAAUGUGACUGAGAACUUACAGGACAAGUUGCAAGAGAAAGCGAAAUCAUUGGUGGCUUUCUCUCUCGCAGCUCACGAAAGCGCCGAUAUAAAUCAUGCCCCUCAGUUAGCUGUAUUUAUUCGUGGUGUUGAUGAAACUUUCGAUGUGACUGAAGAACUUUUGGACGUGGUACCCAUGACAAGCACAACAUCAGGAAAUGAGUUAUUUUUAUGUGUUGAGAAAAGUCUUAAAAAAUUUAAUGUAGACUGGUCAAAAUUAGUAAGUGUUAGCACAGAUGGUAACUCUGCGAUGGUUGGUGUUAAACAACGUGUUACAAGACUUCAAUCGAAAGUGUCAGGGCUUUGCAAAGACGCAGAACUGAAGUCUGUGCACGGCCUCGUUCCCCAGGAAUCAUUUUGUGCUAACAAGUUAAAAAUGGAUCAUGUCAUGGGCAUAGUCAUUUCCACCAUAACCUGGAUGCGUUCCCAUGGCUCGAACCCCAGAAAGUUCAGUGCUUUGUUUAAUGAGUUGGAUACACAAUAUGGAAGCCUGCUCUGCUCCAUGGAAGCUAACAGGCUGAGUUGUGGUGUGGUGCUCAGGCAGGUUUUUGAACUGUUGGAAGAAAUUGACUUUCUCAUGUCUUCCAAAGGAAAAUCCGUGCCUCAGCUUACUAGCAAAGAUUGGGUCAAAGACUUGGCCUUUUUGGUUGACAUUAUGACUUAUCUAAACACAUUGGAUAUUUCUCUGCAAGGGCGUUCACAAGUAGUUACACAAACGUAUGAUUCCAUUCGCUCAUUCCUAGCGGAAUUGUGUCUUUGGGAAACUCAUCUGGCAAGGAACAAUCUGGCCCACUUCCCUACUCUGAAAUUAGUUUCUGAAAAUGAAAGUGAUGGCCUGAACUAUAUUCCACAAAUUAAAGAGUCGAAGACUGAAUUCCAGAAAACCUUCUCUGAUUUCAAGCUUUUGAAAAUGAACUAAUAUUGUUCAGUUCACCUUUCUCAAUUAACAUUAAUAAUGUGAACGAAGGGGCUGGCCCCGUGGCCGAGUGGUUAAGUUCGCGCGCUCCGCUGCAGGCAGCCCAGUGUUUUGUUGGUUCAAAUCCUGGGCACAGA